UGAAUACACCCAAGUUUAAAACUACUCUUCGUCAGUGUUCAUCGCAUUAUAAUGACGCAUAUGAAAUAUUUUUAAAAAUGAACAAUCCAUUACAGUGUCUUGAAGUACUAUUAAAAAACAUUGCCUUAGACGAGCUCCAAUUUGAGAAGACAACGUGUUCUAAGUCAAAAGUGAAAUUUAUCAUGUCCAUCACACAGAAAUUGUCCGAGAAUUGUGUUCGUAUAUUGCAAAUGAUAUUGGAAAGUAAAUUAGACGAACCUGAUCAAAACACUAAAAAUAAUCAGGAUACAGAAACGAAGAAACUACUUUUAUUAACCCUAAAAGAAAGAUUACAACAUAUUUUAAUGUGCAUGAUGAAGCUAUCUAUAACAAAACUACCCAGAUUUGUCAACAAAGCUGAACAACUGAAAAGCAUUUAUGGGGAUUUUCUGAGGACCAGUGAAGCUGAUGACAACUGUUUAAUUUUGCUCAAAGUUAUUAUACAAAUAAAAGAAUUAAACCUAUAAGUACAAACUACAAUAUUGAUAUGUUCAGGAUAAUUUUUUGGUUUAUUUUGUAUUGGAAUUAAGGUUUAAGAAAAUACUAAAAUACUUCAAAAUGUAUUAUCUGCUAUUAGAGGAAAUAUAAAAUUUAGACAUUAGUAAAGAAUAUAGUCAUUAACCAUUACUCUAUAGUGAAUCAGAAUGUUUUUUUAUUUACCUACAUACAAUAACAAAUUAAGCAAACUUUAUUUACCUAGUCCCUAAAUAUAGUAGUAUAGUUUUACAAAUAAACAUAGGUACCUACCGCACUCUCCUUUUAUUAUUCAAUCAUUUUAUAAAUGAAAUAAG